GGUCGACCAAUCAGUUGCUCUGCCUUGCCCAACUUAAAACAGGAWCAGCAUCCAUCUAACUUCCCUUUCAAGGACCAAACUUCAAGGUGUUUGUCUUAAAGUCACAAAACAAAAAGGUUUUAAAGUCACUCUUUAGUUGUCAAAAAAGUGGAGCAUGGACAGGAUUUUAGUUUUCAACAAAAUCAUCGUCAUACUUUUUUAAAAACAUUUACUAAGCUUAAUCAGCAGUUUUCUAAAGCAAGAUUUUGACACUUAAAUUCAAYAUACACUCAAAAAAUGAUCUGUUGAAUUUACUUAAAUUCUGUCAAGUGGUUCCGUACAAGAUUUACUUGUGUUACUGUAAAUCUCAUUACAUUUACUGCUUGGUGAGUGGAAUCACUUGACAGAACUUGGUUAAGUAAAUUCAACAAAUCAUUUUGUUACAAGGCUUCUCAUGAAGCCGUGCACAUUCCACCUGUCCUGUUCCUGUCCUGUUCCCGCCUCUCGUGAUGUGAAGUCUGCGGCCUGCAGAGGCUCACUUCCCAUUUUAUCCUGUCUAUUUCUGGCCAUUGCCACACCCUCCCAAUUGGCCAGGUUAAAAAAAAAAAAGCUCAACCAAACCAGUGUCUCUCAGGUUCUGAGUCACUGCUGCACUCUGACUCAACAGGUCCUGAAGGAAGAAGCUGCUGAAUUCAUGAAAUAGACACAUUUGGCACUUUUCACGGCAGAAGCUGGUUUCUGAAGAUGCUCUGCAGCUCAGUGCUGGUGGAGCUGUGAGGACUGACCUGUGCCCCUUUUUUUUCUUUAAACUUCAGGACUGCAAACCUUUUUUUAUUAUUAUUUUCCUGUGACAGCAGAGGGUUGGUGUGAUCUGAGGGGGUGAGUUUGGAUGAUGGCUGGCUGCUGUGUGUCGGCGGAGGACAGGGAAACCAAGAGGAUCAAUGAUGCCAUCGAAGAGCAGCUGCGGAGAGACAAGAAGGACUCCCGUAGGGAGCUGAAGCUGCUGCUGUUAGGCACUGGUGAGAGUGGAAAGAGCACCUUCAUCAAACAGAUGAGGAUCAUCCAUGGAGGAGGAUACACAGAUGAAGACAAGAGGAGUUAUGCUAAGCUGGUCUUCCAGAACAUCUACACAUCCAUGCAGACCAUGGUCAGAGCCAUGGGGCCGCUAAAUAUAGCUUUCACUGAUCCCAAGAACGAGGACUAUGCCAACUCAGUCCUGGAGGUGGAAGUGGACAAAGUGGAGGAGUUAGAUCAAAACCUCGUGRUGGCCAUCAGGAAUCUGUGGAACGACCCCGGAAUCCAGGAGUGCUACGACCGACGCAGGGAGUACCAGCUGUCCGACUCCACCAAAUACUAUCUUACCGACCUGGAUCGAAUCGCACUGCCUUCUUAUCUACCAGACCUUCAGGACAUCCUCAGAGUCCGAGUGCCAACCACAGGCAUCAUCGAGUACCCUUUCGACAUGGAAAAUGUCAUUUUCAGGAUGGUGGAUGUCGGGGGUCAGAGGUCAGAGAGGAGGAAGUGGAUCCACUGUUUCGAGAACGUCACCUCCAUCAUCUUCUUGGUGGCGCUCAGCGAGUACGACCAGGUUCUGGCCGAGUGCGACAACGAGAACCGGAUGGAGGAGAGCAAGGCUCUUUUCAAAACCAUCAUCACCUACCCCUGGUUUGAGAAGUCCUCUGUCAUCCUUUUCCUCAACAAGACCGACAUCCUCAAGGAGAAGAUCAUGUACUCUCACAUAGCCACGUACUUCCCUGAAUUCACAGGACCUCAACAGGAUGCGGGCGCCGCUCAGGAGUUCAUCCUCAAAAUGUACCAUGAACAAAACCCGAACAAGGACAAGAAGCUGUACCCCCACUUCACCUGCGCUACAGACACCGAAAACAUCCGCUUCGUCUUUGUGGCUGUGAAGGACACGAUCCUCACAGCCAACCUGAAGGACUUUAACUUGGUGUGAAAAACAAAACCAAAAAGAAAGAUAUUUAAAAAAAUAAACACAACAAAAUWUUGAUUUUGUUAUUUAACAAAAGACAAGAAAACAUGACUUUUUGACCAAAUACCUUCAUUUCAAAAGGGUCAGAGCUGAUUUAGUCAAAGAGGUGGUCAUAGUGAAUUAGAGGACUACAGAAUGUGUAGACUAGAGUCUAGAAGGGAACUUUUUAUAAAUGCAGAGAUUUUUAUGAUCUAAAUGUAAAUUAGUUGCACUGAUCAGUUUUCAGGGCCUUUUUCAAUGUCCGGCUUUUAAAAAGCWAUGAACUCACACCACCAGCUUAAUGGGCCUCCUCUCGUACUGUUACUGGAUUAACUAUGAAAUCCUUUAGUUUUCUUCUUUUGGAUUUUCCAUCGAAACAGUCAUCUUACAGUAAACUGGCAUACAUUUAUCAACCGUUUUGAUUCUAAAUUUAUUUACAGAGGUGCUGUUGCUUGCAGAUAUUAGCUGCUUACCUGUGGUGCCUUCAAGAACCAGAAAAAGAAAAUCAGACUUGCCUUUAAGCUGAACAUUGGCAAYAUUUGAUCACCAGCCAAGACACCAGUGCAGCCCUCCUGUAAAUGAUGCUUUGCAGACCAGUGCAACUGUAAAAUGACAGUGACAUGGUAAAUGAUGCUUUGUAUGAAUAGCUUUAUUUAAUAAUACUGUAAACCUAAUCUGAGUGCUUUUAAAUAUAGACAAUACAUCCACCUCUUGUAAUGUUUAAACUGAAUAGUGCCUUUUAUUUAUGCAGCAACAUCAAAUUUCUCUUGUACAUAAUCUGAGUUUUGUAGGAAACUGUUUAAACAUAAAUUAAAAUAUUAUUUGCCUAUUUUGUCUGUAAUUAUUUGAUGAAGGGGGAAACAUGAUAUGUUUGUGGCACAGUAAAUGAAUAAAACAGCACUAAAAUUUGAAGCAUAUUUUUAUUUUUUUAAACCUAAAAAGCCACAGCAGCAGACAUUUUUUACUUUCCCUGAAAAAAACAAAAUAAAAAACAGGAAAAGCGAUAGAAAUAUUUAAUCGUUUUCAACUUUGACACACCUG